UGCACCGAGGGGUCAGAGGUCAACCUCAGAGGGGGCGGGGCUACCAGGGGCGCUGACCUCCAACCGAUGCCAUCAGAGGCGUCUCAGGUGGAUAUAACUCCACCCCCAGACUCUGACUCAGACACCCAGGACGGACAGGUCAGCUCCGACGACGACGCCUUCACCGCUGAGCCACCGGGCGCGCCUCCCCUCCCCUCUGCUGAUUCUCACCGCAGGAACACGUUUGCGUGCAGCCGGCGGCAGAGCGCCCCGGGUCAGCUGCUGCAGGAUGACGAGCUGCAGUCCAGGAGGCCAGACAUCGCCGAGAUCUUCAGCAGCAGGAAGCAGCGGUCCGUCAGUCAAAGCGUUCCCGGCUGGAAGUUGUUUGGUAAAGUUCCUCCUAAACAGAGUCCGUCUAAACAGGCUCGGACCAUCCAGCAGGAGUUCGAGGCGCGGCAGGUGGCGUCCUGCAGCUCUCCGUCCCAUCAUGCCUCGGGGCAGCCGGGCCGGAGGAAGGCGGAGUUCGAGCCGCUGUCGACCACAGCGCUGAUCCUUGAGGACCGGCCGCCGAACCUUCCCGCCAAGCCCGCCGAGGAGACGGAGAGACACCGGCAGCAGUACGAGCAGAUGGUGGCCGGCGCCAGGAGGAGAGAGCUGAAGGAGGCCCAGAGGAGGCAGCAGCAGCGGGAGCAGCGCUUCAGACAGGAGGAGGAGAUCUGCAGCGCCGCGCUGGUCUGGAACCAGAACAUCCUGCCGCACUGGGACGCCAUGCGGUCCAGCCGGCGGGCUCAGGACCUGUGGUGGGGCGGGUUACCCCCCAGCGUCCGGGGUCGGGUCUGGAGUCUCUGCAUCGGGAACGAGCUGAACAUCACAGCAGAGCUCUACCAGAUCUUCCUCUGCAGAGCAAGAGAGAAGAGGAGCCUCAGCCACACUGACGGCGGAGACUCAGAGUCCAGCUUGGACCUCAUCAGCCGGGACGUCUCCAGGACGAUGCCCGCACUCUGCGUCUUCCAGAAGGGUGGACCUUACCACGACCUGCUGCAAAGCAUUCUGGGAGCCUACACCUGUUACAGACCAGAUGUGGGAUAUGUGCAAGGCAUGUCCUCCAUGGCAGCAAUGCUGAUCCUGAACAUGGAGGAGUUGGAGGUCUUCAUCAGCUUCUCUAACCUAAUGAACAGACCGUGUCAGAUGUCCUUCUGCAGAGUUCAGCACCAGCAGAUGCUCAGGUAUUUUGGGGCCUUCCAGGUGUUUUUUGAGGAGUCUCUUCCUCAUCUCUUCCUUCACUUCCAGUCUUCAGGUGUGACUCCAGACCUCUACCUCAUGGACUGGAUCCUGUCCCUCUACAUGAAGCCCCUCCCCCUGGACGUGGCGUGCAGAGUCUGGGACGUCUUCCUGCGGGACGGGGAGGAGUUCCUGUUCCGGACCGGUCUGGGGAUCCUGAAGCUGCACGAGGACGUCCUGCUGCACUUGGACCUCGUCAGCAUCGCUCAGUUCCUGUCCCGCCUCCCCGACGAAGAUCUGCUCUCUGAUAGGCUGUUCUCCUGCAUCUCGGCCAUGCCCAUGCUGAGUGGGAACAGGAAGUGGACUCAGGUUCUGUCAUCCUGCAGAGACACAAGCAGCUGAUCUCAUCAUCAAUAAAUCAAUAAAUAUUUCUGUAUCAUUUUAUUUAUUUCUGUAAUAAGUACGUUUAAAAGAUGAACUCUAGAAGACAGGAAUCUGAAUAUAGAUAUAAAUAUAAAAUCAUAUUAAAUUAUCAUCAAAAUGUCUUUUUAAAUUAAAUUUAAAAACAAUGUCAACUCUGUUCUUUUUAUAUUUAUUUUACACGUCAGAAACUUUCUCAUAAUUGCAAGAAAGUAAUUUGUGUUUUCUGUAAAAUAAAAUCAACAACUGCUCAUAAAGUUGCUUAUGUUAUUUACAGUGGUGGAAUGUAACUAAGUACAUUUACUCAAGAACUGUACUUAACUACAAUUUUGAGGUACUUCACUCAAGUAUUUCGAUUGUAUGUAACUUUAUACUUCUACUUCACUACAUUUUUUAGGCAAAUAUUGUACUUUUUACUCCACUACAUUUAGCUGACAGCUUUAGUUACUUUUCAGGUCGAGAUUGCACAUAAUAAACAUGAUACAUUUCAAGUGAUAAGACAUUUUAUUAGAUUAAACCACAUAACAGUAUUUUUAAUGCUUAAAAUGAGCCCCGUCUUGAGAAAAUAGACCACUGCAUCCAUAAUUGCAUCUAUAAUAAUAAUCUAAUAAUAUAUUUGACAACCUGAGUGGGGCCAUUCUGUAUAACGAGUACUUUUACUUUUGAUACUUUUACAUUUUGAUGCUAAUACUUUUGUACUAUUACUUCAGUAAGUUUGGAAUGCAGGACUUUUACUGUAGUGGAGUAAGUGUGGUAUUACUUUUAAGUAAGGGAUCUGAAUACUUUUCCCACCACUGGUUAUUUAUGAUUUCUGGAAAACUUGUUCAGAAAUAAAAGCACAUUUCAAAAUUAUAUUUUAUUUAUUUUUCCUGUUGUUCAGUUGUAAUAACAGUCUGUAUCCACACUUUAUAUCAUUUAGUUUUACUGUAUUUAUUAAACUGACUGAAUAAA